GAUGUCUUGUCCUCUUUUUGUUUCCCUCCAAGUUUAUCAAUAAAAUUACUUUUGUUGCUGAUAAAUAAAAUAUAAAAAAAAAAAUUUGUUCUUUUUGUGGUUGUUCUAUAGGCUUUGUACAUUUCCUUGCUUAAUGAAUUUCUGCGCUUCUUUUGUUUUCAUUUACAUGUUCAUCUUGUAUGUAAAGAGCUGCACCUGUUUAUAUGAGUGCGUUUUUAUGACUUCUUUUUUUAUCUGGCUGCAGGCUUGUGCAUUAUACAACAACUGGUGGCCAAUGUUAUCAGCUCUCAUGUAUGUUUUGGUGCCUAUGCCCUGUUUGUUCUUUGGUGGUGGGUCCACUCAAUUCUUAAUUAGCCGGGAUGGUGGGGGCUGGAUGGAUGCUGCCAAGUUUUUAACAGGGGCUUCAUCGGUGGGCAGCAUAGCCAUUCCAAUUAUCCUCAGGCAUGCAGAUUUGAUUGGGGCAGGAGCUAUGUGGAUCGAAUUUUUCUCCUUUUUCAUAUUCGUCUGCACUGUCAUGUGUUUUCAUCGCGCUAGCCUUGAAGAUGAGUGGUGAUGAAUAUAUAUUCAGGACAUCAAAGUGAUAUAUACUCAAAUCAUUGUGAUUGGUUCUAUCACCAUCAUCGAGUGUAAAACAGGUUUAAUGGCAUAACUAGUAGGAAAGUAGGAAAUGAAAGGGACAUAAUUGUCCACUUCUACAAUGUAAAAAAGCUAGAAUUUCUUUUUUAUACAUCUUUGAAAGACUGACUUGCUGUAUUUGAAUCCCCAGCUUGAGUUUCCACUGUUCUAGUGUAGACUUUAUUGCAUGAAGAAGAUUGAUAUCAUGAAA